CGGGUUGAAGGAGUUGCCCAACCUGGAAGCGACCAAUCCUCGGCCUUGGGCCGCACAGAACGGGCCACGGCGACGGCCGAGAUGGGGAGAGCGAGGGGGGGAGGGAUGGAGAGCGAGGCCUCGGACCGCCGGCGAAGAGGAGGGCCGGGAGGCGGCGGCGGCAGCACAGCCAUGGAGCGCCGCCUGAGGAGAAGCACCCUCCGCUUCGCCUCCGCCAUGAGCAGCGUGGUGGAAAAGUACAACUUCCCCUUUGAUGAUGACAUGGUCAUUUCUAUCAGAUCAUUGACUUAUGAUACACCUGAAGGGCCAAGGGUUUGGGGAGAAGAGCAACAGACAAGCACCGAAAUUAUAGAUCGCUCUCAGAAUAUUGUACCAUUUCAGGAAAACACAGAAAUUGAGACGCAGCUGGCCUCUGACUCUGAAAAUGAGAACUACGAGGAGUAUCGGUCACCUAAUGAAGAACAGUCCAUGGACUCGUGUGGAAAGAGCCUACUUGAUACAGGUCACAAAAGUGAUGUUGAAUCGGCAUCCAUUCAAAGACAUUUGGAAAAUAUGCAUAUCAAGGAAGAUACCUCUCUCGUAUACUUUUCUGGAACACCUGCAAAGAAUAAAUACCAAGUCAAAAUGGAUGUUCUGUUGGAGAAUAGUGUCUACUUUGGUCCAAAAUUACUUACGGUUACAAGACCCAGAGCAAAGAGUGUUUACCAAUGGUCUCCUUUGCAAAAUCUGGGAGGUGAAUCCUUGAGUGUAGGUCACCAUGAUGUGGUCCUGAGGAAGCAAACAGAAUCUAUAAAUGGGCAUCCUGCAUCAACAUCUCUGCAGCUGUCCAACUCUGCUGCUGCAGGCUCAGACAUUAUGACAAUUCAGCCUGAAAAUCAGUCUCUUGGGGGUAGAAAUGAAACUGCCUGCAGUAGCUUUUUAGAAAUGUACGAGUCUGCGGAUGAGCAUUGUUCUUGGAAUAAUGUAACAAUAGUAGACUUGUAUCCAGGAAUGGUGAAGGCACUUAGCAGAUUGUUGCAUAAAGCAUCCCGCGAAGCUUCUUCUAAUUCAUUGAUCAAACGGUACAGAUACGGCUAUUGGCACCCUAAGAAAACAAAGCUUAAUACCAGUACAGAGAGAGUAAGGAAGUCCAGACAAUUAAAACAGAAGUCUAGCUUGACAAUUAGAGAAGAUGAUUCUAAGGGAUAUCAAUUGUCCAUGGCAAAUAAUGGGCAAAUUAGUCCUUCGUAUGAUGGCAAUCAUGAAAUGCAAUGCUCAAUGAACAAGGCAACUAACGUAGUAUCUUCCAUGGACUAUAAUACAGAUAGUGUGGAAAUGGAUGCUUCUGGCAUCGUAGAAGAUCAUUCAUACACAGAGAAUGUCGGACUAAAUGGCGUGGAGACCACCAUUUUUCCUAGGGAUCUUUCUACAGAAGAAACAUUUCUGGUCAGAACUGCAUCUUAUAUCCCUUCAUUGUCAAACUUUGGAAGAAAGGCUCAAACAUUUGAAGACUACUCUUCAAUUUGCACUGUAGAUACAGGAACAACAUUUAAUCUAGCAGAAGGUUAUAAAACUGAGAUGAGCACUAGGACAUUCAAUGCUACAUCAUGUUUAAGCUUGCCUUUGAAUAGAAGCAUAAGCUGUGUCUUGCAGAAUAACAAGUCUUCUCCAGUGAAAACUUCAAAUAGAUUACCUGGGAAUCAUGAAAUUAAAACAUUCAACAAAGCUGUUUCACUACAGCGAAGUCAUUCAUUUUCAUCACUUCCUGUUAAUUGCAGUCCCAUCAAAACUCACCAGAAAUGUGACGAUGCCUUCCAAAAAAUGUAUAAGGAGCUUUGUUGUUCAAAGAUGCGAAAACCAUUUAAGUGCUCAACUAUAUGCACAAGUCCUAGGAAGUCUCCAGAACUGUGCAAGUUUGGUUUUAAAAGCCUCUCUUCAAAUUUUAAUCAGAAACGUAAAAAUAUGAUUGAGAGUAUAUAUCAGAAAUUGUGUUCUGAAGGGCUUCCAAAAAUUCCUACAUUUAUGCGUGCUGCAAACUUAAAAAAAUACGAAGGAAUCCCAAUGUCUGACACAGUGAAUGCCCUAGUUAAUUCUCCUGUAAGAACUUUACCUGCAGUUGCCAGAAUUAAAAGAGCAGCAAACUUCUGCAUUGAAGACUCUCAGACUUCACCGUUGAAAAGAUUAAAAAAUAUAUCUGAGAACUCACCUUAUCGAAUAAGACAGAAGCUACCUUACUGGAAAAACAAUCUUCAGAAAACUGACAUGACUUUUACACUUCAUACUCCUAAUGCCAAUAAUUGGACCUCAAACAUGGAUUCUGGGUUUUGUAUUUCUUCAAAUCACACCUUUAUGGCUGUUCCAAGUACUUGUAUAAAAGAAUCCAGAAUUACAAGUGUGGAUGAAAAGAUGCCCACGUUUGUGCAAAAUAGUGAUUCCCUAAGAAAAUCACAGAACUAUACAUCACCGGUUUCCAGAAGGCUCAGCUAUCAUGGCGGGAGAAUCAGAAGAAGAAAUGCUUAUGUGGAAGAACUUCUGUGUGAAGACUAUGAAAGUUCAUUUCUGGAUGACUACAGGGAAGAUUCAUGAUUUUUAAGAGGAAAGCUGUUUGACUGAAUGCAAAAGUUCCCUUCCAUUUAUGAAAAGAACUUGAAUCUAGUGGACCUUUCACGAAUGGAAGCAAGGGAAUUUUCACCAAUUAUGCUUUUCCCUGUUAUUCACCAGUACUACCACAUCUGUUCCAGAUGUUCCUUCAACCUUCUGAAGCAGAAUUCAGGAGGGUGCAGGAAUCUCCAGAGGGAAGAGGGAGCUGAGAGCGCCAUGUUCCAUGAUUCUUACCCUAAUUCAGUAUCUAACCCAUUGCAGAUAUGUUUUGUCAUAUGAGAGCUACAUAUCCUUCAAGGAGCUGAGUAAGCAUCUGUUUCUGGAAUUCAGUUAAUGCAACUGUUUGCAUCUAGGGGCCAAAGUAUUAUCUGUCUUAAGGGAAAGCACUGUUCCUUCUUGAAGGCUUAUCAUUGCUUGAGUGUCAUUUAUGGAAGCAAAUGCUCUUUUUGUUUUCUCCAGGUGUAAUUUCAGCUAUUUCUAUUGUGUUUUGCUUGGCUAAUCAACUCUUAAUGUAGAAAUAAUGUUUUAACAGGCUAUUUAAUGCAUUUAAUUUACUAUUCAGUGAGCUACUCUAGGGAUGAGCAGAGCUUUAUUCCAUUGUUGAAAGUGCUAAAUUUGUGAAGAUUUAUAAUGUAAUAUAGUAUGCUUCAAAUGUGUUUUAAUGUAUGUAUCUACGAGUACUUGGCACUUAAAUUGCCUAAUAAACCUUUAUAUAUGUUGUGUGAA